CCGAUGUUCCGUAUCUAUUCAACACUGGCUGUUGUUCCUUACUAUUCGAUUUUCGAUUAAUUGCUAAACGCGCAAACUUGAAAGUUUAUCGAGGUGACAACGUUCGACGGACUGAAAAUGGAAAAUUAUCCGCUUGUCAGAGAGUUUUUGGGGCAAAAUUGUUCAAAUGAUGCCCAAAUGUCGCAGCUUGAGAAGGAGCUGAAGAAGAGAAGGGAAUUGGACGCCGAAGAGCAGCUUAUAGAGCCGCGGUUGGAGAAGGAGCUUUUUGAACUGAAGUUGAUCGAACAGUGCGCUUCGCAAGUGAAGGAUAACGAUGUCAAAAUGGCACAGGCCAACACCAUAGCGCAAGACUGUAUGUUCCAGAUCCUGCAAAUUGAGGAGCUGCUCGAAAGGGCCGGUGUUCAGGACAUCCUAUACUACACGGUGCAUCGCAAAGAGGAAGAGGUGCUGCGCCAAAUGAAGCUAGAGGAGGAUUCGGCCGAGCAAGAGGAUGAGCAGAACACCACCCUCGAGUCGCGCAGUGUCGUCCAGGAAUUCCGCAAAGUACAAGGCUCAAAAAAAGAGGCCGAAAAGGAGCUAGCCUUAGUGGAAGAACAACUGGACCAGUCGGAUCGCGAGUGGACAAUUACACUGAGAAGUAUGACGGACAAUCGUAACAAAAAGAUCGUCAGCGUUUUACAGAUGAGCAAGCUAAUCAACGAAUUGGAGGAACAGUUGAAAGAAAUGAAUUUGAUUAAGACGAAUGCCACUAAAGGGCAUAUCAACAUACAUGAAGAUAGUCAGAUUGAUAGUCUUUCAAUCGGAGUUUCAAAACCAUUCACUGACACCACUUCACCAUUUCAGUCCGCUUCAGAGUUCCUCAACAACUUUUUCUUUAAGAAUAUCACCACAGAUGACAAUGAAGUCAAGACGAGCGUGAAAAGUAAGAAGGACAAAACUAAGAAGCUGGUGACACCGCUGCGAUCCAUUUUGGCCAAUCGCAAGGAAGACGAACCUUUUGCCAUUUCCAACUCGCAAACAAAGCAAGUGCGUUUUUCUCCUUAUCUAAAGAUAAACCAUAUUGAAAAGAAUAAAUCUGAGCAGCAGGAUUGCCUUUCUUAUUCUGGAGAGACAGAAGAGGACAAUGAAGAAAUGGAGUCCACAGAAGAAGAUUCCGAGGAAGUAUCAGAAGAAGAAUUGGCGGAAGCAUCUGGAGACGAGUUAGAGGAGGCUUCCGAAGAGGAAUUAAAUGACGAAAUGGAGCUAGAAGAUGAAGGAUAUGAGGAGGAAGUAAAAAUAGAAAAGUCAGCAAAGGUUUUGGAACCAGAACAGGGCGAAUAUGAUGAGAAAUCUGGAUCAGAAAUGGAGGAAUCCCUAUCGGACGACAAGGAAUCAGGAGAGGAGGCAUCAGGAGAGGAGGAGUCGGAUGAUGCGGGCAAACAAGUGAAAAGCGGCGAAAAACCAAAGCCGGACGAGCUGAAUUCGAAUGAAAAUUCUGAUAAACCCGAAAUUAUUCGAGUCGAUAUACUUUCACCCAUUAAAGACAUAUCUUCGUGGGUUAGCGACGAUAUACCCACCACCUCCACAGGCACUCUCAAUCGCUUUACUGCAAACCAGUUGAUGAACUAUGGCAUUUAUAUUGACGGAAACGAGGCACCGCCCAACAAGCGACUCAAACUGGAGGAGGAUGAGUUCCCAAUGGCCCAGCCUAUGCCGGAUUUUUACAAGCAUCCGUCGUCCACAUUCAACAACUUUGAUGAUCAAUCACUACAAUUCAACACUCCCCAUAACAAUUUUGACGAUGAUUAUCUGCUGAGCUUCAGCGAUGAUAAUGAUGCUACACCUGCUGGCUCAUCAUUUAAACUGUAAACGUAUUUCGAUCAAAAAUUAAUGUGUGUUCUUGAUAAGAACGGACAAUUAAUUUACAUACAGCUAUUAAAGCAUUUUUAUUUUUCGGCAUUAGAAAAAUGUUCAUAAACAGCUAAAGUUAUUUUAGCUUUAUAAUGAAGUAAAUUUCUUUACAUAUGUACAUAUGCAUAUAAAUCAUGCGUAUAUAAAAACCGGGACUUCCCAAUUA